AUGAGGUUUGGAAUCCAGCAGACGAAAAGGCUCCAUGAGAAUAAUGAGACCCAGCAACUGGAGCACACGAAAGCGACUCCCAAUGAGGUGGGUGCGGCCCCGGAGACCGUGGAGAUCGAAGUGAUCGUCCCAGACGGCGUGCAGCCGGGUGAUGUCUUCGAAGUGGAGUAUGAUGGCAAGAUGCUUGAGGUGGACGUACCUGCUGGCUGCGGUCCUGGCUCUGCAAUUACUCUUGCGAUCCCCGUGACUCCCCACGAGACGCCACAGGGCUCCAAGGGCCAGGAGGCAGGUCUCUGUUGA